AUGGGCACUGCUGGUGCCUACAGUCUCAGCUGGUCAAACAAUGGUCGUCUGGCAGUGGCCUCUCGGGAUAAGCGGCUAGCCGUGUUUGACGUGGAUAGGGGUGAAAAGAAGCCCGUGGUCCUGAUGCCCUGCCAUCUUGGUUCGAAACCAUGGAAGGCAGUAUUUUUAGAUGACUCAACAGUGGUCACGGUAGGAUUUGGAUUGGAAGGAAGUAAAGAGGUUGCCGUUUGGGAUCUGACAAAUUCUUCAAGUCCCCUGGAGCGCAUACGAUGUAAUCAAUCUUAUGGAAGCGUUAUCAUGAACUACUAUCGCGGAAAUCGAUUUCUAUUCCUCUCUGGUCGUGGUGAUAACGGAAUCCAGGUCUACAAAUAUUACAAUCGAAGCAUGAAUAUAGCCGGUCAAUUUCAAAGUCCCCACUCCUACAGGGAUAUUUGCUGGAUGCAACAGGAAUACUUGGAUUCUGACUGUCACGAAAUUGGUCGGUGUUUCCGUCUUUUUUUGCCUGAUACAUCGGUUGUUCUUUCAACUGGUAGUCGUAGGCGGAAUAACCUUUUUUGCACCAAUCCCUAUCAACAAGAUUUUGGCGGACCAUUUGGACUAGCCAAUAACCAGUCGUGCAGAAAAUUAUCCGCUCCUUUGAUUGAGCCCCUAAGCAUUCGAUUACAGGAGGGAAGUUUAGACGCUAGUGAAGAUGAAAGUGACCGGGAACCAGUGAAUAAUGCCGAAAAUUUUUCGAAAAUUGAAAAACCUCCAACAAAAUCUUCUCGGCCUGAAUCCGUUUUUUCAAAGAGACACAAAUCCAUAAUGUUAAAUAAAAAACCAAGUUUUGGAAGUGGUGAUUAUAUAAAUGGCUCCAUGGUCGCCAUGCAUUAUUCUAAUGGUGGUCGUGACGGGGGGUUUGCGUGCAAUACUUAUAAUAAUCAAAGCAAAAGCAAUGAUGGCAUAAAGGUUCCUCCCCCGAUUCCUCCCAAAUCAAAAACAAAACGCGUGUUUAACGGCUGGAAGAUAAUUCCAGAUAUGUUUCAGGAUAAAUUGUCUCGAAAGGCUGACAAGAAGCAUUUAAAUUUGUCUUGCGAUCUCGAGAAGCCUCGGAAGGAAGAAAAAGCACAUUCACUUGUUAAGACCUCGGACGAAAGCUUGGAGGAUUUGGGAAAAAAUACAAACUCUGAUGAUGAAAUUUUCAUCGUUACAACAGCAUUUAGUCGUAAACGAAAUGGUGUACAAACCGUACAUGAAAAACAAGAAAACAAAUUUCUUGAAACCGAGGAUGACGAAGAGGCCUAUGCCACCUGUUCAGUGUCCGACUUGGUAGCUGCUUUUGAGGCGAAAGCUGCCAGGAUUGCUGCCAUGGAAACCUGCAGUAUUAGUUCAGAAACUAUGUCAGCUACAUUGGAUGAUUCAGCUCCUUUGUCGUCUCUGGAAAUUUCGGCUGGUCUUCCAAAUCAAAAGAAUCGAACAGAAACUACAUUGGUACCAGAACGUCCGCAUAUCGCGGCAAGUAACCCGAUGAAUGGAAGGGCCCACCUUCCUCCAUCUCGUAUGUAUACAAGUUCCAAUCAUGCAAGAUGGUCAAUUUCCCAUUCCCCCGGGGUUCAGAUGUCCCCGGCCCUGCGUUACAUGCAGCGUUCACAAAGAAACUCUCUCGGCAUUUCGCGAUCGCCUUCAAACUCUGACAAUGACGAAAAUCCUUCUACUAGAGCAUCUCCUCGAAGGUCGUCUCUCCGAAUCCCCAUACCUGAUAAUCGAUAUCGAUCAGAAGACAGCGUGUCUGAGACCAUUCACAAUAACAAUUCCUUUGAUCCUCCGGUGAAUUCAUUCAGAACUGUUACUACGAACACUGCUGAGCAAUUGAGGGAUCGUCUUUACGAAUUCCUUGAAAACGAUCUUUCCGAUAUUUCAACCGCCUCCAUUAUCGACAAUAAAACAAAAGCAAAAUCGAAACUUAGACGGAUGAUUAAGAAUGAUUCGAGUGAACAUGAAACGAUCAGAGAAGAUAGGACGCUACGAAAGCCGACCCAAGUGAUUACGAGAAAAGGUGACACCAAUACUUUGGAGGAAACACCAACAAUAGUCAAUAGUGAAUUUUCGGAGAAACCGGUUUAUUCUAAGCUUAUUAAACCUGAGGAUUCAAAUGUUUCCAAAACCCGCGAGCAACAAGAAAGGGCCGUUCUUCGGCUGAUUCCCUCCCUAGCACCAAUUUCCACAUCCAAACUGUCACUUCUGGAUGAGUUUCGACUUCUGCAUUUGCAGAUAACAUCUAUUGAUUCACAGAAUUUGAGUACUCGACCAAAAACACAACAGUCAUUUUUGGAUCUACCAAAUAGCGAUUUCAACCCCAGUUUUGAUGAGAAAGUGGAUGAAGAUUCCUCAAUAACAAUCCGUCGCUAUAACGCAUUUGACUCCCUUUGUACAUCAGCCACUGAGUCUGACCAACAACACGAGGAUAAGGGACUUAUGUGUACCUCAAAAAUGGCGAGGACCUCAAGUCCGACUAGCCCUCAAGGGACGAUUGAAGAUACUCGUGCUUUCUACGAUAGCUAUGCACCGUAUUUGAGAGACUUAGAAUCCACUGUGAGGCGAUGUUGCAGUGUUUGUGAAACAGACGUCUCUGAAGCCACAACACCAGCUGCUAAUCAAGAUACCCAAGAAGGUAAAACUUAA